AUGCACGCACGCCUUGUCCGCCGCCGUUGCGCGCGCACGACUUGCCCGCCGCCAUCACUCUCCCCACCGCCCAUUUUCUCCUUUCCGCGGCUGCCCUCCCUUCCCCCCCUUUCGCCGGUGUUCUCCCCUCCCUUUGUGGUGCGCCGAACCCCUCCUCCCCCCCCCCCCCCCCCCUUCUCCUGCCUCUUUUGCACCACCUCCUCCCUCUCCGCUCAUCACAUCCGCCUCUUACACUCCUUCCCCUCUCUUCUCUCCUCCCUAUCCUUCGUGCUCCUCCUCCCUUCCUCCACCUCCUUCCUCUCCGCCUCUCCUGCAACUAGCUGUUGUCGUUGCCUGUCACUUGGUGAUCGUGCUCCUAUCUCCUCACAUUCCACUCCUUCACCCUCCUCCUCCUCUUACCUCUCUCCCUCCACUUCCCCUCACCUUCUCACCUCUUCCUCCACCUCUCUUCUCUCCCUAUCUGCUACAGCUGUAUCAAACUACUCCACUGUUGUCCCUCCUCCUCUUGUUUCUCCCCACAGCAGCGCAGCAGCAGAGUACUCCACCGUUGUCCCUCCUCCUCUUGUUUCUCCCCUCAGCGGCGCAGCACCAUACUACAACACCGUUGUCCCUCCUCCUCUUGUUUCUCCCCUCAGCAGCGCACCAGCAGACUACUCCACCGUUGUCCCUCCUCCUCUUGUUUCUCCCCUCAGCGGCGCAGCAGCAGACUACAAUACCGUUGUCCCUCCUCUUGCUUCUCCCCUCAGCGGCGCAGCAGCAGACUACUCCACCGUUGUUCCUCCUCUUUUUUCUCCCCGCAUCCUCUUUCCACCGUACCUCCUCUCCUACCCUUGCCUUCCCUACUCUCUGCUCCCUUCACUGCCCCUUCCUCCCUUUGCACCUGUCCUACUUGCCGCUGGAUCUCUCCUCUUCUCUGCCCCUCUGCCUGGAUUCCACUGUCCCAUCAGCAUCGCCGCUCUUUUGCCGCAUUAA